UCGUUCUUGCAAAACAAUUCCACCUGCUCAGAACCAGUGCCCAUCGUCAGUUCAUGAGGAACACUCGUUCUCUGUUUUGAUUUUGAUCCUUAUUUAUCAACAGCGAUAGCCUUCUGGGAAUACAGGUCCCUGUCGUACGGGAUGGGAGAAUCUGGGUUUAGUUUAUCUUUCUUUGCGAAACAGGUGCAGUGCAGUACUGGGUCUGGGCAAACCGAGCUGCACCUUCCAGACGAACUCCGUGGCCUCGUGCCCCCUCCCUCAUCACCUCCCCCCGGCGCUCACCAGGGACGGGUCCCCCUACCUCCACGGGGUCCGGCCCUUCCUCAGGCGCGCCGCCUCCAGGAGGCCCGACGGCCUCGCCAAAGCGUCCACCGCCGACAGCAGAAGCCGCUUCGAGCUGGCCUCGUGGACCGACCGAUACUCGCUGGGACGCGACGGCAGGCGUUGCUUGUACGCGGGCAGGACCGUGACGGACAGUGGACGCACGGCGGUGGGGCGCGUGAGGCCCCACGGAAGCUUCGAGGAGGACAGGAGCGUCGAGGAGGUGCCCGUGUCAUCCAGGGGCGUGGAGUCGAGUCGCAGGGAGCGCGCGAGACCCGGAGGCAAGAGCGGCGUUGACCUGGACGCCGGCUUUGAACCGGACGCCGGCUUUGAACCGAAAUGCAGGAGACGCGAGAAGAUGGCGAGGAGCGCUCGUGGCCACGUCGAUGACUCGAGCGGCAAAGUUCUCGGCAGAAGGUGGAGGAGGGCUGCGGGUGGUAAUACAGGUGGUGCUGCUGCUGCCACUGCUGCUGAUUUCAGCGAUGAUGAUGCCACUGAUGGUGGUGGCAGUGAAGAUGCCAGUGAUGUGAGUAGAGACGGCAAGUUUAGUGGACGGUGUGGAGAGGUCAAGGGAGGCGUGGGGUUUUUCGAUGGGGACAGUGAGGACUUUAAAAACGGCGAUGAUGCGGAUCGAGACGCAGCUGGUCGUGGCCGUGACCGUGGUUACAGUGGCGAUGGUGAUGCGGUGAGAAUGGGCAAAGAUGGAGAUGGUGGCGAUACGACUGUGCAAUCCGUCUCUGCACGUGAUCAUCAACUUCACUCGGAGUGCAGGUUUCCUGCGCAGGUGCACGCGUUGUCUCCGGCACGCGCCCUCCUGUCUGGCCUCUCGGGGAUUUCGCGAACCGUGUGCUCCCCUUCCCCGGACCCGGAGCCGAGCGACUCGAGUUCUGAAGACGACGGGACGCGUGCCAGGCACGCGAGAUAUCUGCACAAAAGUAAAAGCACCGGGAAAAGAACUUGGCCAUCUGCCCGAUCACAAGAGUUUGGGCCGGGGUUCGUUUUUAAAGCCGGCGCCGCCGUGGGGGUCUCACGAUUCCCACCGGCUUCCCCUGAAGUACCGGAGUUCCCAUCUACGAGCAGGGGCCACGUCCCAGACGUGGCACGAGCAGUGCUCGCACUCGCGGACACCACCUCGGGGCGAGCAGAGGCUCCGUUCGGCGACGUCAAUGGUGGAGCGACCCCGACGUCGGUCGAGAUCCACGGGGCUCCAUCGACAGAGCAGUCAAUUACUGGAAUGUCGAGCUACGGCAGAGGUGGGGGGGGUGCUCGGAGACGACACGAUGUGGGCCCAGCGGCAAGCGCUGCCGAAGACUCCAUCCUGACGUUGGUUGGACUUCAAGGGCCCUCACCGGCGCGGUCCGACUCUCGUGACCUGGCCACCGCGAGCAACGGGUUCCAGGUGCAAACCGUGAGCGGCGAGGAUGGCGGAGCCGGAUCCACGAGGGACCGCUUGAGGAGACAGGUGCAGCAUCUGUGCGCGUUCCUGGAGGUGUCGGGGCAGGCGGAGGAGCUGGUGCUGAGGAGGAGUGGUCUGGACGGAGAGCUCUUCUCCCCGCUGUCGGUGGCCAUCGCGCGCACGCCCUCGUUCCUCUCCACCCUCAACCUGAACCUCAACGUCCUGAGGGCAAACGGCGCUCGGAUGCUCGCCACGGCGCUCCCCACGCAGAGCCGCCUGAAGACCCUGCUGUUGUUUGGGAACCAGAUGUGCGAUGACGGCGUCUGUGCUGUGCUGAAAUCUCUGACAUCGGCGAUCGCGUUGGGCGGCCGCCUGCUGGAGCUCGACGUUGGAGGGAACUGCCUGACGGGCGUCGCGCUGAGGGACAUCGCCUCGUACCUCCGCGCCAACACCGCCCUCACCGAGCUGGGCCUGUCCAGAAACCCAGACGCUCUUCCAGAGGACUGGGCUCCGCUAUUCGAGGUGCUGGCGUUGCCGGGUUGCGGGCUGGCGCGCCUGGCGCUGGAGGAGAACCGGCUCGGCGAGCGGGGCGCGUCUCUGGCCGCCCGCGCCCUCGCGUCGAACCUGCAGCCUGCGGGCGUUGGAGGCCGAGGAGAGCGGCCUCGGCAGCCUGGCUGCCCUCACCGAGGUGCUGUUGGCUCUGCAGGCCAACACGGGCAGCCGGCUCGGGUAUGUACAUUGAACUUCUUUCGCACCGUACGUAGCCAACUGUGCUAAUCGGAGGUGAGGGAGAAAAACAACAAACUUAAACACAAAAAGAUAUUUUGAAGAAAUGAGUUUUCUAUCUAGAUUCAAAAGUGCACAGCUUCAGUCGCUUACUCAGUGUG